UUGGGAAAUGCCUCAACAACUUCCCUCACCACACCACAUUCCUCACAUACUCUUGGUACAACACGACAAGGAAAACAAUAAACAUUAAUGUUUGAUGAAUUAAGCCUGCUGGUCAGACUGGCACAACUGGAAAAUCCAGCAUUUGUUCUCCACGGCAUGAUUUGAGCAACCCAAACACUUCACGCAGGGCGUCCAUGAGGAUACAUGCCUCAGCUGAGCUCUGGGCAUGUGUGGAGCUGCUGGAAGCGGAGCAGGACUCGAGGCAGAGGAGGACAGGAUGGAAGGGAGGAGGAGAAAGAGAUGUCGGAGGGAAUGAUCAAACGUGAGGUGGAGAAGAGAGCUGGAAGAGGGAGCAGAUGGAUGAGACUGCAUUGGAGAAACUGGCCGAAAUGGAGUCAGCGUCUGGUUCCGAUAGCAGCCGUGUGGUUGGUUGUUCUGGAGGAGUCUCCUCUGCACCCGUCCGUCAGUCUGACUGAAGCCGCGGGUCGACUGCUCCUCGCCGGGCUGCUGUGUGCAGCGAUGGCUCUUUGUGCUUUAGCCUUCCGCUUCCUGCUCUGUAAUGGGCAGAAAGUAAAGCAGCAUCUCCCAUACAAUGGUGACGUGAUAGUGAGAAAAACUGCUGAAAACCAACAGCAGGCCAGUAUAAAUCCACAGCAGGAUGCAGGUCAUCUUGAAUCCCAGGUUAAUGUUCUAGCGGAUGGUUUAGCGGUGUCCCUCCUCCAUGAGCCCCUGCCGGACCCCAGCGAGCCCCACAUACGAGGCCUUCUCACCAGACUAGAGGCAGUGUCUCGGAGUCUAAGCAGGAGUGGCUAUGAGGAAGAGAAGGAGAAAAAGGACAAAUGUGCACUUCAAGACAGAGUUAAACAUAUACGCUUUUACCUGCAGGACAGGAUGAGCUCUCUGCGUUCUCUGCUGCAGGUUCAGCGGGAGUGUGAGGCGAGUGUGUGUGCGGUUCAGAGCUCUUUACAGAAGCGCUGGGCUCUGCUGGAGGAGUUACACACCAGAGUGACUCUGAGCCCUGACAGCACACAGGAAGCACACAACCCUCACGCCGUCCUCACAGACACUGAGAGCCUGUUCGCAGAACUCGGUCAGUUCAAAAGCAAAGUCCAACAGUGCCGGACUCAGCUGGAAACCAAUAUAAACCUUUUACAGGCACUUCGCAGCAGCCAUCAGGGUCUGGCCGAGACUGUUGGUACCACCGUCGACUCUAAAUGGACCAAAGAAUUAUUACAGUCCAGCACUGAUCUGUUUUCUGAGAUCCAUGAGGAUUUCACGUCUUUGGAACAGCAGACGUCAAAUUUUGUGAUCCACUUGAGAGGCCUGAAUGCUUCUGAGGAGGAAAAGACAAGAUUAUCUCAAGAUGAUCAGGCACAGAUCUCUGCAACGUCAUCUCUUCCUGUUGUUCCGGUGUACGUUGCUGCUCCGGACGCAGUGCAAUCACAUUCUGACCCAGAAAGUGAUCCAGAGUCCCCAGAAGCCUCACAGAAAACCCACUCCAAAAUGUCCCCCUUCCAUAUGCUGUGUGGGAUGAAGAGGAGGAGGACAUCGAAGUAGUUGAUUGUUUUUACAGGACCUUUUUAAUGCCUAGUAUUUUUCAUUUUUUUUUGACAGCCUGUUGAGCAGGUGUAACAACAUGUUUUAUGCACUUUAUGCAUAUUAGAGAGUCCACUUUUUUUGGACUCUCUAAAUUGUGUCCAUACUGUGACUUGUGAUUCUCUACUUGUAAAAUGUGUAAAUAAGAUAUUUUUCAUAUGUAUAAUUAAUAAAAUAAUAUUAAUAACAUUACAUGAAUUGCA